AUGGCGACCUCGGAGACUUCUUCAUCUAAUUCUCCAAUAAUCGAUUUUGGAUCAAGUGACACGGCUCUAUGCAUUAUUCCCCCACGAAGUCACUGGUCCUCUAUCGACAGUUUGCGAACGCUAUACGACAAGGCCUAUGAGAAAUGGCCACCACACGUCAACAUCGUAUAUCCUUUUGUGAAAGCGGAAUAUCUUCACGAAGCCGCAAAUACCAUUUCCAAAAGUCUAGAAGCCAAAUUCGAUAACGAGUUUGGUACGCCCCUCUCGAUAUCUCUAAGAGCUGCAGGAGUGUUCCCGCAUCGGCACAAUAACACGAUUUUCAUCCACGACAAUGACGCCGACCGUGCAGCGGGGCUGAAGCAAUCGAGGAAGGCUGUACUCGAGUCACUUGGACAGCAUGAUAAUGACUACAACAUGCACAUGACGAUAGGUCAAAGCACCGAUCUCGACUCUGACGCGCACAAGUUCUUGGUGCAAAAGGCGAGCCUCAUCCCGGCCGUGGCGUGGGAUGUACAGGAGCUUUGCAUCUUGGUUCGGGAGAAGACGCAUAUCGAUGGCAAGGUGUCAAGUCAAAUGUGUUUAUGGGGAACGAUCAGCCUUUGCGACUUCAAGGUCCGUGCCUUGCCCAGCCCUUCCUACUUCUAUGAGUUGGAAGCCGUGCAAGCCAACACUCGAAGCGACGACGUCGACUCAUACGCAGCGCCUACGUCUCAGAGAUGUGUGCCAUUUCAGUACUCCGUGAACAGCAGCUCGUGGAGGUACUGCAGGAUAUCCCCUGACAGGGAGCGACAACAAUGUCCAGAGACUCUCAAGAUUGCCUCUUAUAAUGUUUUGGCAGAGUUUGAGUAUCCCCCGUCACAAGAGCGAUAUCCGCUCCUUUUGAGCAAUAUUCUAGAUGUUUCAGCCACAUCUGAUAUUCUCAUACUCGAAGAGGUUACCGAUGACUUUCUCUGUCAUCUCCUUGCUAAUCAAGAUGUUCGAGGAGAGUACCCAUUCGUCACAAACGCGCCUCCCAACCAGGUCGAUAUUGGGCCUCUGCCAAGUCACAUCAACGUCGUCGUGCUGAGCAAAUGGUGCUUUUCUUGGAAGUGGGUUCCAUUCAAGAGACGACACAAAGGGUCAUUAGUAUUACAAUUUGAUGAUAUUGGCCGGCAAGAUGGAGACGACUUUGUGCCGCUGAUAUUGGCUACCGUGCACCUGACGUGUGGGCUCACGGACGGAUCGGUGGCGGCAAAGAGGUCCGAGUUACAGUCAAUCAUCAGAUAUCUCGACGAAAAUCAUACGAACAAUCCCUCGAUAAUGGCUGGCGACUUCAACAUCACGACGAGCACCGCCACGAUCAGCGCCGCGCUCGAAAAGAAGAGCAUCUCAUCACAAACGGCCGAUUACUUGACGGAUAUCGAGAGCAUUCUGCUCGAAGCUGGAUUUUCCGACUCAUGGACAGCCGCGCGACUUGGAAAUCUCGAUGCUACUGGCCUGGAAUUGGAUCAAAAGGAUAUCUACGAAGCCGUUGAAGGCGAGCAGGGUGCCACUUUCGACCCUCUCUCCAACGAGCUGGCUGCCGCAAUAGUUGGCAGUGGAUUCAACAAUAGACCACAGAGAUACGAUCGAAUCUUGUUCAAGGCUGGUCAGCUACUUUCGAUUGGCGGCUUCAACAUGUUUGGGCGAGUAAAGAGGGAUAUCGAGGGCACUGGCGACCAAGAUGGUAAGAUCUCAUCGACAUAUGCGAGUGAUCAUUGGGGAGUUCGAUGCUCGCUCAAAUUGGCCCCUGAAUCAUUGCUUGACGACGAGACUUCAAGUCUCAUGAUCAAAGUGGCCGAAAAGACAGUCCCCGACCAUCUGGCCGAUGUCAACGAGCUGAAAUCCAGUCUCGCCGCUCUUGAAGUUUUUCCGCCAGAAGAGGAAUUCGCCAAGAGAGAAGAAGCCUUGCAGCUGUUGCGCGAUACUCUGGAGGAUACAGACUCUGCCACCGAAAAUUCCCAGAACCGUACAGGCGUGCAAUUUGUCGUGGUGCCUGUUGGUUCGUACGGCCUGGGUGUAUGGACUGCGUCAUCGGACGUGGACUGUCUCUGCCUGGGCUCGAUCAGCCCAAAGACCUUCUUUGCCCUCGCGACACAGAGGCUGCGCAGAGCGGUAACCAAGGGCGUCAAGGUCCUGCGCAGAGUCAACGCGCUGUCGGGCACCAUGCUCGAGCUCGAGGUCUUGGGCGUCAAGAUGGAUUUGCAGUACUGCGCCUCGGCGCUCAUCGCCCAGACGUGGCCGCGCGCCAUGAAGCUGCCCGCCAACAGCCCCGUCUUUUCACUGCCGGCGCAGACGCUCGCCAAGCUCAAGCCCGCCCGCGAUCUCUACUAUAUCCGGCGGACGGUGCCCGACUUUGCGGCAUUCAGAACGGCCUUUUACCUGAUCAAGACGUGGGCCAAACAGCGGGGCAUCUACGCCGCACGCUUCGGAUAUCUAGGAGGAAUUCAUAUUGCAGUAUUGCUUUCGCGGGUCUGCAAGAUGCUCAGCCGUGACCACGGCUCUGCCUCAGUGCCCAUGAUCAUCCUCUGCUUCUUUCAUCAUUAUGCCAACUUUGACUGGAAAAAGGACAUGGUCUUUGACCCGUUCUUUCAUACGCGCCUGCGCUACGUCCGGACGUCUCGAGAGGCCAUGGUCAUUCUCGGGUACCACUCGCCGAGCCUCAACGUUGCUACCGCGGCCUCCCCGCCUUCGGUCAAGACCAUUGCGGAAGAGUUUCAGCGGGCCGACCGUAUACUAGCCAGCCCGGGCAUCAGCUGGCCAGAGUUCAUGGGCAUCGCUCGGGUGCCGGCAGAAAGCGGCCCCAGCACCUUCCUCCAGGCCUACAAGAGUUAUGUCAAGAUUGAUGUCCAGUUUUGGGGCGUCUCGCUUGCCAAGGGUAGUCGGUUUGUGGGAUGGCUCGAGUCCAAAUGUGUCAUGCUCCUAGUUGAUAUUGGUCGCAGGCUACCCAAUAUCCACGCACGAAUCUGGCCCGCCCGGUUCGUCGCCACGGACUCGUCGGACGAGGAAUCCGACUACCAGGGCUGCUACCUCAUUGGCUUGGACCGAUUGGAGAACCGCCAAGGCCAAGCCAUGUCCAAGGAAGAGCUCAAACUGGCUCACGGCUCCCUCGUGUCGGCCGCGCAAAAGUUUGAGGACCAGAUGCGCGCCGACGAAAAAUACUUUGACGCGGCCUGCUCCUGGAUGUGUGCCGCCGUCGUCCGGCAGUCGGAACUCGGUGAUCUAAAGCUGGACCACCGGAGCUGGGGCGAGUAUACCAUUGGAGAUGACGAGUCCGAGGACGAGGAAGAGGAGGAUGACGAAGAGGACGAGGACGACAUGACAAACGAGGAGAGCAACAACGACACGGCAGCGGCGGCGUCGUCAUCGUCCAAAAAGUCCAAGAGAGCCGACAAGAACAAGGUCAUCCUCAACACCAAGCCGACGUACGCGGGCAAGUUCCGAUCAUCGGCCGACGUCAUUAGCCGGAUCCGCUGGGACCCGGGCAUGGACAGCGGCGAUUACCUCGUGGGCUACGAGGACCGCUUCCUGGGCAUCAAGGAGCGGGCGCUAGACCAGUGGAAGGCCGAGCAGACGGACGAGGAGUUUAUCCCCCAGCAUCGCAUCAUGUACUUUAAGCGCGUCAGCGACGGUGUCCUUGUCUGGGAUCGGAGGUCGAGGAGAGAUGAUGUUUUUGGGAGCGGCGUCAGAGACGAUGAUGCAAGUGCGUGA